AUGCAGCAGGUACCCCCACCUCAAACCUUACGUUACUACCAGUGCCCUCCGAUCCAGAGAUAUAUAACGGAGAUCGCAAUAGGCCAGCAUCAGCCUCAGAAGCCGGUCGACCAUGCCUGGCAGAAUAUCCUGGCGCAUUAUUUCCGAACCUCUCAUUACUCUGUAGAGAGGGAAGCAUACCUAAAUUACCCUCAAUCGAUGAGUAAGGCUGAUGUCUCUGUGGUCAAUUUUAGGAACAAUGGCUUCCACGAGGUCAUUGUGGUCGAAGCCAAGAAGCCCACAGGAAGGGCCCCGACCGAGCAUAAGUGGAAUGGAGUCCGGCAACAGCUCCAAAAAGACAACAUGCUAGCCUUCAGAAAGAGGCUGGGAAACGUACAGACCAUGUACGGAGUUGCAGCAGUUGGGUCUCGUGCUCGAAUUUACGUCUUGUUCAUGAAUCAGAAUGUUCUGGUUUCAGAUACCGAAGACGGGAUCCUUGCUAACGACGAGGUGGUGGAUCUGUGCGAUGAUGAGCAGAAUAUCCAUCUCUUGCUGGAAGCGAAGUUGGCGAGGAUCAACAACCGUCAGAAUAACACCUGA